UCUAAGUGCUUAGUCAGGGCAAAUACCACUGAACUUUUCUAAAACCUCCUUUCACCUACGUUCCAGGCACAAAAUAUGUCAACCGAAAAAAAGAAAUUGGAUUCUGCUCCUACUCCAGCUCCACCAUCUUUGCCUGCACCCCUGACUGACCUGAAGAUUAAAUAUACCAAGAUAUUUAUAAACAAUGAAUGGCAUGAUUCAGUGAGUGGCAAAAAAUUCCCAGUUUUUAACCCUGCAACAGGAGAGAAAAUUUGUGAAGUAGAAGAAGGAGAUAAGGAGGAUGUUGAUAAAGCAGUUAAAGCAGCAAGAAAAGCGUUUGAGCUUGGGUCACCCUGGCGAACUAUGGAUGCUUCUGAAAGGGGAAGACUGUUGAACAAACUAGCUGAUUUGAUUGAAAGGGAUCGACUCCUCUUAGCCACAAUGGAGAGCAUUGAUGGGGGAAAGCUUUUUGCCAACUCCUAUAUAAUGGACUUAGGAGGCUGCCUCAACUCUUUACGCUAUUGUGCAGGCUGGGCUGAUAAAAUCCAAGGACGAACCAUCCCCAUGGAUGGAAACUAUUUCACAUUUACAAGACGUGAGCCUAUUGGAGUUUGUGGCCAAAUCAUUCCUUGGAACUUCCCUCUCGUUAUGUUUAUUUGGAAGAUCGCCCCCGCUCUUUCCUGUGGAAACACAGUGGUCAUCAAACCAGCAGAACAAACUCCUCUGACUGCUCUUCAUAUGGGUUCUCUCAUUAAGGAGGCAGGAUUCCCACCUGGUGUUGUGAACAUUGUGCCAGGAUAUGGACCCACUGCUGGAGCAGCCAUUGCCAAUCACAUGGAUAUAGACAAAGUGGCAUUCACGGGCUCUACUGAGGUUGGCAAAAAGAUCAAAGAAGCUGCUGGAAAAAGUAAUCUGAAGAGGGUCACCCUAGAACUUGGAGGGAAGAGCCCCAAUAUCAUAUUUGCAGAUGCUGAUUUGGACAGUGCUGUAGAGUUCGCACACAUUGGCCUGUUUUACCAUCAAGGUCAGUGCUGCGUAGCUGGAUCGAGGAUUUUUGUGGAAGAGCCAAUAUAUGAAGAAUUUGUGCGCAGGAGUGUUGCCAGAGCCAAGAAAAAUAUCCUGGGAAAUCCUCUGACUCCUGGUGUACAACAGGGUCCACAGAUUGAUAAGGAGCAGUAUGAUCGAAUCCUCUCAUUGAUUGAGAGUGGGAAGAAAGAAGGAGCCAAACUAGAAUGUGGAGGAGGUCCAUGGGGAGACAAAGGCUUCUACAUCCAGCCGACCGUUUUCUCUGAUGUUUCAGACGACAUGCGCAUUGCCAAAGAGGAGAUAUUUGGACCAGUCCAGCAAAUCAUGAAGUUCAAAAGUAUAGAUGAAGUUAUUAAAAGAGCAAAUAAUACUCAGUAUGGUUUAGCAGCUGCAGUGUUUACCAAAGACCUUGAUAAAGCUCUGACAUUUGCUGCUGCUCUUCAGGCUGGAAUGGUAUGGGUUAACUGUUAUAGUGCAAUGUCUGCUCAAUGUCCUUUUGGAGGGUUCAAAAUGUCAGGAAAUGGGCGAGAGCUGGGUGAACAUGGUGUUCAUGAAUAUACGGAAGUCAAGACUGUCACAAUCAAAAUCCCACAGAAAAAUUCGUAAUGUCAUUUCAAGAGACAACACUUGACAAUUUCAUGUGCUAAGAAAAACUGCAACAGCUGACUGUAUUGCAAAAUGUUUUGUAGCAUACGUUUUCAUUUAAUUUGAUUUCUCUUUCUACCUGUAAAAGCAAGUGCUACUUUUAAAAGUAAUUUAGAAAGUCUUAUAUCUGUUUAAAUAAGAGAAUGUUUAAUGCCUGGAACAUGAUUAACAAAUUUUGAAUCUAAUUGGAAAAGGUGAUUUUUCUUUCCCCAUUUGAAUAUUUGUGUAGUACUAUGGAUGAACUGUUUUAACAAAUAUUGUUUAUACAAAUUAGUUUAGUGUGCUUAUAGAACUGCUAACUGGGUCUGUCUGUUUUUAUGCGCUUGGCAAAAGCACUUACAUGUAACAAUAAGAUAGAUACUUUACUGUUUGGGGAGAAAUUAGAAACUCUUUUGUUAUAUGUCUUUAAAGGCUUGAAUCUGGCCAUAUUAGUUACUGCACAGAGGUAUUCUGGAUAUAAACGUCAUUAAAGUUAAUCUUAAAAACUG